AUGACCGAGCGCUGGCGUGAAAUUCUUCAGCAGCUCACGAAUGAACUCGAGCUACAAACUGCAAAACUGCAAGAGCUUGAAAUAGAGAAUCAGCAGCUUCGCCGUGAAGGUGAUAUUUUUGACGACGCGUCGCCCACCACUGCAUUGAGAAAGUGCCUCGAGGCAGUGGAAAGACCGGAAACAGCAAAGCCAGGCCAAUUAGGCCUGGGAGCUUCCCUUGGAGCUUCCUUGAGGAAGGUUGAAGCCGAGCCAAUUGAGCCAACACCGAUUCAGUCUCCGAAGGACCGGAUGCACUCUCAGAUCUCCCAAGACUCCAACUUGGAGAGCCACUUAAGCCCUGGAGAGCAAGACAUAUCUCCAGCAACCAGUGCCUGUAGUGAUCCAGCAGUGACUCCAUUUAGCCCGACUUCGGCCAAGCCAGCAAAGCCUAGCAACGUUGGUAAAGUCAGUCAGUUGACCUUUCAAGGGCCCCAUGAUGAUGAUGAUGAUGAUGACGACCUUGGGGGUGUUGACUGUGACGACCCCACUAGAGAGGCAUGGUCAUCUGAGAAAAAGAGAUUGCAGCAGCCAGAGCUGAGGCAAGCUGCAAGUCAGGCAGACAUAUUGCUGCAAGCACAGUUCGACAUCGUUAGAGAAAAGAAUGUAGAAGUGGCCUACGAAAGGAAAGCUUGGUUUGUAGUGAACCCGCAGAGAAGCAACAAGUUCGCUGCUUGGCAGGUGAUAACUAUCCUGGCCUUGGGUUGGGUUGUCACCGUAGUUCCUUUCCAAGUAGGUCUCUUGGAGCCGGAGUGGGGUCUUCUCCUCUUGCUCAGCACAAUUGUAGAUAUCAUCUUUGGACUGGACGUCCUUCUGCAGUUCAUCACCAUGUACCCGCGACCCACACAGAGUGGGGUGGUUUGGGAGCAGAAAGUCUCCAAAAUAGCCAGACACUAUGUGAAGACGUGGUUCGCCUUGGACGCCAUCACCCUGAUUCCUUUUGACAUCAUUGAUCUGGCCUUCAAUGCAGACCAAGUUGGCACUUUCAAGGGCACCAAGGUUUUCAGGGCAUUACGUCUCUUGAAGUUGAUGCGAAUCUUGAAGACUUCUCGAUGGCUCCAUAGAGUGGAGAUCACCAUCUCAUUGCCCUACCAGCAGUUUGCCCUUUUCCGCUUUUUGUGCAUUUUGCUGCUGGUAUGCCACUGGCUUGCUUGCACCUGGGCAAUGACACUGCAGUUUGCGGAUCCGGCGAAGCCAAGAUGGAUCGAUGACAUUCAGGAGAUAGACCAGUCGUGGAACAUUACAACAAUCGAUGACCCCGCCAGAGUCUACAUCAGUGCCUUGUACUUCUGUACUUACACUAUGACAUCUGUCGGCUAUGGCGACAUUGGUCCCAAGAACAUUGCUGAGCGCGUGAUGUGUACCCUGAUUGUCUUGACAGCCGGGCUGUGCUGGGCUUAUGUGCUUGGUGAGGUUUGUGCCAUUGUGAGUGACAUGAAUGCAGAAACUCAACAUUUCCGGAAGAAGAUGACUGAGCUGAACCGCAUGAUGAAGGAACAAAACCUGCCAUAUUCACUUCGAUGCCGAAUGCGGAGCUUUUUCUUGCAAAACCGCUACCAGGCUUUGUACGUGACAAGGCAGAGGCUUCGUGAAUGCAUGAGCCCACAGCUGCAGUCAGAGAUUUGCACAGCUGUGAAUGCGCCAUGGAUCCAGAAAGUGUCCUUCUUCAAUACCUUCAUGACAGUAGUGGAGGCCAGCGAGGGAAAUGGUGAAGAUGUUGAUGCGCACAGGGCCUGCAUUGCAGACGUUUCCCAGGCUUUGGAAUGUGGUGCAUUCGCUCAGGGGGAACGCUUUGACAAUGUGCAAGUGCUCUACAUUGUGUCAAAAGGCAUUGUGGCUUUGAACAGCAGGGUAGGCACCAAUGGAGCUGUUUGGGGAGAGGACUUUGUCUUGUCCGACACUGAGCUCAUCCGCCCCAUCAAGGGCUGUGCCCUUACAUACCUUGAGGUCUUGUUUUUGACCAGAGAUGUCUUCAUGAGGGUCAUUGAGAAACGGAAGAAGACUUGUCCCCUACUGGGGCAGAUCGUGCGCAAGUUUUGCAUCCGCUUGGCAGUCCGUAGAGCUUUCGUGGCGGAAGCAAACCGCAGGGCUGGUUUGGACACAGUGCAGAAGCGUCAGGGAGCUAUUUUGGUCAGGAAGAGUGUCGUUGCACCGCCAGUUUCAAUUCCACCUACUCAGGCUCGCCGGGUUGAUGAAAGUGUGCAACACUUGGGGCUAGCGAAACUGGUAUUUGGGAAUCUUUUGGUCGUUUGCACACUCCACACUGGCAGUUGA